UAUAUACUCAUCACUGAGUCCUAUAAGCUCUGCAAGUACUCUCACAUUUUCCAGUAAAAGCUUUAAACCUACAAUUCAACAAACAGAAAAGACAAUCCAUGGCGAUAAGGGUCCCUCGUGUGCUGCAAUCAUCCAGACAGAUUCUCCGUCAAGCAAAACUGUUCUCAUCCUCUUCUUCAUCUAGCUCUCUUGAUGUUCCAAAGGGCUACUUAGCUGUUUACGUAGGAGAAAGAAAGAUGAAGAGAUUUGUAGUUCCGAUAUCUUACUUGAACCAGCCUUCAUUUCAAAACCUACUAAGAAAGGCAGAGGAAGAGUUUGGAUUUGAUCAUCCAAUGGGUGGCCUUACAAUCCCUUGCAGUGAAGAAGUAUUUAUUGAUCUUGCUUCUCGCCUCAACUGAUCAUGAUGACUCACUCAAAUAACCUUUUUUAUUCUUUGAUUUUGUACAUUUUUUCCCGAUUAGUUUUCUUCAAGAGAUGAGAUGACUUAGAAACAUCUCCCCUUGAAAGUGAAACAGAGACUUGUAACACUCUUUUUCCUCACUUACAGUGAGUUGGAUUCAAAUCUAAUUAAUUAAACCCCAUGAUUCAUUUCAUCAA